CAUGAAUUCAAGUACGACGGCACUGCCUACCGACCUGCCAAGCUUCAACCUCAUCAGCGAGAGCCUGUCCUUUGACUUCAAAGAUACGGACAUGAAGAGGCUUUCAAUGGAAAUCGAGAAAGAGAAGGUAGAGUACAUGGAGAAAAGCAAGCACCUGCAGGAGCAGCUGAAUGAGCUGAAGACAGAAAUUGAGGCACUGAAGCUAAAGGAGAGAGAGACAGCUCUGGAUAUAUUGCACAACGAGAAUGCCAGCCGAGGCAACAGCAAGCACAACACUAUUAAAAAGGUAUCGGAGGGAUCCAGUUUGUAUCUUGCCUGAUUAAAUCUUUUAAAAAGAACAAUGAAAUAACCCUUCCAUUUGGUUUAGCUUUUGCACAAGUUGUUAUAAUAAAAUUGUUUGAUCU